AUGGGUGCAAAAGUGCCUGAAUUGAGGAUUGUGCUGCUGGGCAAAACUGGGUUAGGAAAGAGUGCAUCAGCAAACACCAUCCUGGGGAGGAAAGUGUUUAAAUCAGAGUUCUCAUUUGAAUCUGUGACUCAAGUGUGUGCUACAAAGGGGAAACAAAUUGAUGCUACACGGAUUAGUGUCACGGAUACCCCAGGGUUAUUUGAUACCGAAAAGACUAAUGACGAGCUGAAAGGAGAGAUAGAAAAGUGUCUGAAGUUGUCCAAACCUGGGCCUCAUGCCCUCCUGCUGGUGCUCAAGUUAGGUGUGACAUUCACAGAGGAGGAGCAGGCAGCAGUGUCGUGGAUCAGGGAGAACUUUGGUGAAGAAGCUUUAAGAAAGUUUACUAUAGUGCUCCUCACCCAUGGAGAUGUGCUGGAGGGGAAACCAGUGGAGAGCUAUAUAGAGAAAAGUCCUGCUCUCAAAUCUACUGUGAAACAAUGUGGAGGUAGAUAUCAUGUUUUUAACAAUGACGAGAUAGACCGCACUCAGGUCCUGGAGCUCCUGAAGAAGAUAGAGGUCAUGGUGAAGAGCAAUAGAGGGGGGUACUACACUAGAGAGAUGUAUCAGGAGGCUCAGAGAAAGAUAGGACCUGGUCUACAGGAGACGAGAGGGACAAAGAGUGGACCCUCUACCUCCUCAUGUAAAGAAUAUGAGAGUAGGAUUGCAGAAGAAAAGAGCAAGAGACAGAAACAUGAGAAAGAACUACAGGAGGAGACAAAGAAGAUACAAGCAGAGCAGCACAAGAUAAAAGAAGCAGCAGAGACAAAGGCAGCAGAUGAGAGGAAAAGGAAACAAGCACAGGAGGAGAAAAAGAAGGCAUUAGAACUUCAAGAAAAAGAAAAGCAGGAGAAGAGGAAGAGAGGGGAAGCAGAGAAAAAGGCAGAUGAAAAGAGAAAGAAAAAAGAAGAUGCACAGAAAGAGGCAGAUGAGGAAAAGCAGAGGAGAUUAGAGGUAGAGAAGGUAGGGGUCGCCACUGGCACCCACCCAUUCUAG